AUGAAUUCUCCAACGUAUGUUUCACCUGGCUAUACUGGAUAUGGCUCAAAGAUAUAUUUCCAAGGCACAUUGAAUCAAUCAGUAAGAGUCACAUAUCCAGUACUAAAUCUCGCUUAUACGAGUUUAUCAAUAGAAGCAUGGAUUUAUCCAUUCAACGUAUCCACGAAUGCAGACGAUAGCAUUUUUUCGCAAUGUCAAGCACUUGCAACUGAUCAAUGUCUUCAUUUUGUAUUAGCCUCUGGGUAUCUCCGUAUGAGAUUCUAUAAUGACGGUUCACAGGGUGUCACACUUUUUCAACCAAACAGAUGGUAUCAUAUUGCAUGUGUUUAUGAUUAUACUUUAACAGCUCAAAUUGUCUAUGUUAAUGGUGUUCUUGAUGGUUCUUACUCACCGUCUGGUCCAUAUCAAGGAACAAGUGGCCUAUUCGAAAUAGGUAUAGCAACCGUUAAUUAUAAUAUUGUGACUCAGCCUUUUAACGGUUACAUGGAUCAAGUAUUAUUCACUCCUCGAGCUAAAAACGCCACCGAAAUUCUAAAUGAUGCAACACUUACCGCUUAUUAUUCAUUUGAUGGUGGCUUAUAUUUAGACUCUGGUCCUUUAUGGAUCAACGGUACAGGCGUGAGUGUUAAUAGAACUACAGGUCGGGUUAAUCAAGCUCUAUCAUUUGCUACAUCAUCCAGCUAUUUUCAAGCCACUGGUUUUACUCUUUUGGGAACGGUAAAUCAAUCAUUUUCAAUAGCAUUAUGGAUAAAACCAACAACGGUAUCUGGAGGUGCUACGAUUGUACAUACUUCAGGAUUAACAACCCGUACGGGAUGGUGCAUUCCAAUGAUUGGUUUGUCUUCAUCAGGAAACGUCAUUACUCAAAAUUGGAACAAUGGAUUGGUUAGUGUGACAGGACCCGUUUUGUCUGUCAACGUUUGGACUCACAUUGUCGAAACAUACAGUUUUACAAAUGGUGUUCGAAUGUAUGUAAAUGGUGCAUUGUAUGGUGCUACUACUUCCUUUAGUUAUUAUGCAAGUGGCACACCUAAUACAAUCACUCUAGGAAAUCCAUUAAGUGGGUCAGCUUGUGCAUCAUCACCAGUCCUGCCUGGACAAUUUUACGGUGCCAUGGAUGAAUUUCGACUAUAUUCUAGAGAGUUAAACUCAACGGACGUCUAUUCACUUGCUCAUCCAUAA